GAUCAUAUCUGUGAAGAGGCAGUAUACGUGGAACAACCAACACACCGUCGCCGUGGCUCCGCCGGGUGGAUGCGAGUGUCCUUAGCGCUUGCAAGGGACGAUCCCAGGACAAGGGACUAUAGAAAAGUGAUGUAG